CUGUGUGACGUCACCCUCGGUGCGGAAGACAGUCACCGUGUGGGGGAUUUCCUCGGCCGUCGGGACGCCGCUGUGCGUGAUGUGAUACCGAGACACCUAUGUGCGGAAUUUGUUUUUGCUCGUGAAUUGUGCAUCGAACUGAUACGUUCAUAUUGAUGCCUGCAACGACGCACUGAACCAGGCGACGCUCGGAGGGACCGUUGCCGGUGAAGAUGCGGGAGAGAAGUUAUCGUUUUUCGCAGUUCACAAUGCAGAUAUGACAACACGAGAAGGAUACUGAAGAACAUAGCGACCACAUUCGCGUGGAACGUUCGCCCGCAGAAGUUUGUGAGAAGGGCCACCUCGAAGCGGCGGUUCUUCAGGAUGGGAGCAUUUCUAGACAAGCCAAAGGUGGACAAACACACUGAGUCUGGCGGCGGCAACGGUCUGCGCUAUGCCCUCGCCAGCAUGCAGGGCUGGCGUGUCGAAAUGGAGGACGCCCACUGCGCCGUAGUGGGGCUUCCAUGCGGCCUCCAGCAGUGGAGUUUCUUCGCCGUCUUUGAUGGGCACGCAGGCGCCCGCGUCUCUGCCCACUGUGCCCAGCAUCUCCUGGACUCCAUCAUCGGCACGGACGAAUUUGCGCAGACCCUGGCAGAACCGCACGACGAGGAGCGUGUGGCGACGGGCAUACGCAACGGCUUUCUCUACCUGGACGACAAGAUGCGGGCCCUGCCAGAAGUGGCGUCCGGCGAAGACAAGAGUGGGUCGACGGCGGUUUGCGCCCUGGUGUCGCCGACGCACCUGUACUUUGCCAACUGCGGAGACUCGCGCGGAGUGCUGUGCAGGGCAGGGACGGCGACGUUCACGACGCGGGACCACAAGCCCAUCAACCCGGGGGAGAAGGAGCGCAUCCAGAGGGCAGGGGGAUCAGUGAUGAUCCAGAGGGUGAACGGGUCCCUGGCCGUGUCCAGGGCGCUGGGGGACUACGAGUACAAGCAGGUGGUCGGAAGGGGUCCAACGGAGCAGCUGGUGUCACCGGAGCCUGAGGUGACCGUGCAAGCGAGGGACACGACGCACGACGAGUUCCUGGUACUGGCCUGCGACGGCAUCUGGGACGUCAUGAGCAACGAGGAGCUCUGCCAGUUUAUCAGGCAUCAGUUAACACUCAUGGAGAGCCUCGAGGCUGUCUGUGCCUCAGUCAUUGACAUCUGCCUCUAUAGGGGAAGCAAGGACAACAUGAGCGUAGUACUGGUUCUCUUCCCUGGAGCACCCUCAGUGAGCGAAGAGGCAUUGAAAAAGGAUAAGGAGCUCAACGCUCUCAUCACCAAGAGGUUGCACGAAAUUCUCUUGGACAACCAAGACAUUGAGCUCAACACCGUCAUUCAGACGUUAGCGGACGAAGAGCUCCCGGGCUUACCACCUGGGGGUGGCAUUUUAGCCAAGAGGAGCUUCAUCGAGGAAGUGUAUAGCAAAUUAAAACCUCCCUCCCCCUCGGGAGACUCGGACAGGAACCAGCUUCAGGAAGACCGUGAUCAAUUGCAAGAAGUCCCACAGUGAGUGCGAGCAAAAAGAAAGGCAGAGACUUUGCAAAAAGAAAAAAAAAAUCAUCUCGACGUUCUUGCAUGCACACAUACCUUGUUCUCCAUCAUCCCAGUGUUGUACUAUUAUAAUUAUUGUUACUAUUAUUACUGUUGCUAUCAUUUUUACCUCCUUCGCUCCUUCCGGGAGAAAAACGAAAGAAACCGGCACAUACUUUGAAAUGCGACCCGGCGACAAACAUUGGAAAUGAUUUGUACGGAAGCGCUAGGAAACGUGCGGUUUUUCUCGUGCACGAGGCGGAGCGAUGUUGCUGCCGCGUUGCUCCGCCUCAAGUAAGUAAGAUCGAAAAUCUUGAUGGCAGAAGCUUCUGCCGACCGGUUUCCGUGUUUUUGCCGACUAGGUUAAUGUGUACAAAGAGCAUUUUCAUGUUCAUAACGAGAAUCAAGUGCACUUGCCUCGUACACGUACCUCGGCUUCUGUGUGUCACAAAGUCAAACGCACGCACAUCCAUUUCUCGCUUGUGGUAAUGUGCUGUAGGCUUCGGACUGCCAGACCGUGUGUCCCUGGCAAACGCUGCUAGAAAGGGGGGUCCUGGUUUUUAAAAUCAACUUUCGGCAUUGAGACCCGCACACGAAUUUGUAAUCUGCAUUCCGGUUCGACGAAGCAAGGAUCACAAAAAAAAGCGAAAAAAAACUGAGUCUUGCGUCGAAUCGUGGGGUUUGUUCGAGAAGAUCGCAACCUUUUUUUUUUUCUUUUUCGUCGCGAUCUUAAUUCCCGAGAAUGGACAUGUUAUUUGCCUCCGAUCGAUGUCCAGGGAAGCCUACGGACGCACGCAGCAUCCACUCGGUGCAAAAUGUAGUCGGUCGUAUUUUGCGUCAGCGUAAAUUGCGUCAGCGGCCAAAACAUCCGCAGCUGCUGGUCUGGCUGAGUGUGUAACAUGGUACCUGAUACAAAUCAAUGUGUGAUACAACAUUAUGGCACUAAAGAAGCAUUCUCGCACGAAGACACACCCGCAAAGAAAAAAAAAAUGAAGUGCCGGACUACAACUGCUACACAUUGUUUUGAUGCACACAGACAAGCACGGUGGACUUUACAAGCGAGGUUGCGUUCCCACGACGACCGUGCAUGUUUGUACUGCAGUGCAAAGUACAUCAUCAAGCUUCUCAGUGUUCUUUGUUUGUCCCACACAGUUUUCUGUAAUUUUUGUUUGUUUCGCCUCUCAGUGUGAAUUCGAGUCCCCCUUACCAACCACCUUCCCCUCCCUUUCCCCAUUGCGAGAGAAUGUUUGGCAAAGAAGAACGGUACGAUCACGCAGAAAAACAGUGUAAUAACGAUGGAGUGAUCAAAGUUGUAAAAGAUUUAGUUGCUGUAAUAGAGGUUUAUGCAUUGGUGGUUGCAAUGCACUGGUAAUAAAGAUGGAUAACUCGAA